GCCAGAUCGUUUCUCUCUGAAAAAGCUCUUCUCUCCUUUUUUCCCCUUUGUCCCCUCCUCCUCCACCUUUACUGUUCACGAAGCCUCUCGGAGCUUUCACGAAGUAAUCUAUCCAAGAUUCAUUUAGAAUCACAAUGCCGGAAGCAAGAGACAGAAUAGAGAGACCAGUUGAUUACCCAGCGGCGUUUCUCAACAGACGCUCUAAUGGGAUUUUAAUUGACGAACCAGCAUCAACACAUCACCAUUUGUUUGGGUCUCCGGUUCAGAGAGUGCCGUCUGAAGCUACAGGAUUUGGGUCGAUUGGUAUGAUGGGAAGAGGUGGGCUUGUGAGGGGUAAUUUCGGUAUUCGACGUACUGGUGGUGGUAGAAGAGGUCAGAUUCAAUUUAGAUCGCCACAGGGACGAGAGAACACUAGCUUGGGUGUUACUAGGCGUGGAAGGGCUCGUGCUUCAACUUCUGUUUUGCCUUCUUGGUAUCCAAGAACCCCUCUCCGUGAUGUUUCCGCUGUUGUUAGGGCUAUUGAGAGAAGGAGAGUUCGUAUGGGAGAAGGCGUUGGCCGAGAUAUUGAGACUCCAACACCACAACAGCUUGGGGUUCUUGAUUCUCUAGUACCACUGUCGGGUGCUCAGCUCGAGCAUGACUACUCUAUGGUUACUCCUGGUCCAUCGGUUGGGUUCAAGCGUCCGUGGCCACCCUCAACUGCUAAAGUCCAUCAGAUUCUGCUUGAUAUCACUAGAGAGAAUACAGGGGAAGAAGAUGCUCUCACUCCACAGAAGAAGCUCCUCAACUCUAUUGAUAAAGUCGAGAAGGUUGUGAUGGAAGAGAUUCAGAAAAUGAAGAGCACUCCUAGUGCUAAGAGAGCAGAAAGGGAGAAAAGGGUUAGGACGCUAAUGUCCAUGCGAUGAUAUUGACUUUCACUCUCAGAAAGUAGGAGGAGACCAUAGGAAUCAGGAAGUAAAGAUGUGCCUGCACAGUGAGUACAUCAUCUCUGAUGAUAUCAAAGAGAGGUAGAUCAAGGUAGAUCAUCUACUCUGAUGAUAUAUUACUAGAAAGGGGUCAAUCAUCACUCUGAUGAUAUAGCAGGGAGCUUCUAUCAUUUUUCUGAUGAUAAGACAUAGUAAGAGAUUCAUCUUCUGAUGAUAAUAUCAUAGGAGGAGAUAACUGUUAGAUAGUUCACGGAUUUAUGUUGGGAACCUUUUUUUGCUUUUAGGCUUUUUGUAAUUUCCCUCAGUAGAGAUGUAUGAUGAUGUCUUCUUAAUUCAAGUAAACAGAUUGUACAGACGUUUCCAAAUUCCAAUUUUGGUUUUGUUGGUGGAAAUUGCAGAUGGUCUUUUAGCCUGAGAUUUCUUGCUUAUCUGUAAUUGUCACAAUCUUGGCGAAAGACUUCUAUUUUCUAAAAAAUCUCAAUAUCCUGAAUUUAACAUUUUUUCCUCUAUGUUACGUCACAGACUCGCACAUAUUUGGUAAAAGGUCACAUCUGUUGUUUGUAUUCUUUACAAUGAGAAUCUAAUAAACAAGAUUCGUCUGUGUCUGGUUACUAAACUA